GUGAUUCACGGAACGGUCCAAACCCCCCGGUGUGUUGCUCUUCUCCCUCUGACGCGUUUCUGGGCUGACUUGGACGGGUUUUUUUUUUUUUCCCGCAUCUGCUCCAGUGACGUGCAAAGUGUCACCUUCCUUCCCUCCAUCCCCGCUCGAGCCGCCUCACCUCGGAGCGCGUGGCAGCGCGAGGCGGGGAGGGGCCACGAGAACCGGUUUCUCGAGGCAGCUCAUUUCCCGGUGCCGAUCGCCACAUCUCGCGUGUAACUCGUCCUGGAGGCACGAGGCGAAGAUGCUGCAGCCCUUGAAGGCGUCAGGUCGGGGGGCCGGUGUGGUCAAGUGGGUGAUGGACAGGUGGGCUGAGCCUAUGGUUUGCCUGAGGAGCAGAACCACACAGCACCUGCGGAGCCUCGAGGAGAUGCCGGGACCUUCUGCCAUUGGCUUUGCGUGGGACCUGUUGGCGAGGCGGGGGCUGUCUCGUCUCCACGAGAUGCAGCUGGAAGGGCACAAACGCUAUGGGCCCAUAUGGAAGGCGAAGUUCGGGCCGAUCCUGACAGUCCACGUAGCUGACCCCACACUGAUCGAGCAAGUUCUGAGACAGGAGGGUCAGUAUCCCAUGCGCUCCGACCUCUCCUCAUGGAAGGACUACAGACGACUCCGCGGUCAUGGAUAUGGACUGUUAACAGCGGAAGGGGAGGAGUGGCAGGAAGUGCGGAGUCUGCUGGGGAAAUACACGCUGCCUCCAAAAGCUGUGGAGUCAUAUGAUGGCAUUCUCAACACUGUGGUUACUGACCUGCUCGCCUGCCUGAAGCGCCGCCAUCGCCUCAGUGCUCACGGCCUCAUCACUGACAUUGCCAAUGAGUUCUAUCGCUUUGGCCUGGAGGGGAUCUCCUCUGUGCUGUUUGAGUCAAGGAUCGGCUGCCUGGAGUCACAGAUUCCCAAGGAAACAGAGCGUUUCAUAGAAUCCAUCAACACCAUGUUUGUCAUGACUCUCCUGACCAUGGCCAUGCCAGCGUGGAUGAAUAGGAUGUUCCCCAAGUCCUGGGACACGUUCUGUCAAUGCUGGGACUACAUGUUCCAGUUCGCCAAAGGUCACAUUGAUCAGCGUCUAAAAAAGGAGUCAGAAAAGCUGGCCCAAGGAGAGGAGGCCAAAGGCCAGUACCUGACAUAUUACCUAUCUCAUCAAGGUCUUUCCAUGAAAGACAUAUACAGCAACGUGACAGAGCUCCUGCUUGCUGGGGUGGAUACGAUCUCAAGCACCUUGUCCUGGACCUUGUAUGAGCUCUCUCGCCAUCCUGAGAUUCAAACGGCCCUAAGAAAUGAGGUGCUGAUGGUCCUUGAAGGCAAGCAGAUCCCAGGUUCAUCGGACGUGGCACGGAUGCCAUUGAUGAAGGCUGUGGUCAAGGAAGUGCUAAGGCUCUACCCUGUCAUCCCAGCCAAUGCCAGGGUCAUCCCAGACAGAGACAUCCAGGUUGGAGGCUACAUUAUCCCUCAAAAGACUCUCAUCACUCUGUGUCACUAUGCAACAUCCCGGGAUGCUAGCUUCUUCUCCAACCCCAAUGAAUUCCAACCCCAGCGCUGGCUGAGCAAAGAGCACAGGCAUCACCCCUUUGCCUCUCUGCCUUUUGGUGUGGGCAAGCGCAGCUGCAUUGGGCGCCGCAUCGCCCAGCUGGAGCUCUACCUGGCACUGGCACGGAUCCUACUCCAGUUUGAAGUAAGGCCAGAUCCAGAUGGUGCUGUUGUCCCACCCAUGACAAGAACCCUUCUGGUACCACAAAGCCUAAUCAACCUACAGUUCAUAGAACUGUGAUGGACCUGGCCAGCUCAAACACACAUAGAAUGGAUAGAAUACUCAAGAUGUUCUGCGUUGAAAUUGCUUGUACUGACUCCUGCUGUCAAGUGGACGGAUGCUGCACCAAGUAGAUAUUUCUUCAGGGUCUAUGUAAACACCAAACCCAACUGUAUGAUUCUGCAGUUUGUGCACUUGCACAAUGGCCUACUGUACAGGCCUGAAAGCACCUAACCUUAUAUUUGUAGGGAAGUCAGCCUAUUACAUUUUACUGGAAACUGCUGAGAGAUAUUACAACUUAGUGUAAAUAAUUUUUUAAAAAUUAGCCAUCAACUG